AUGUUGCAAUUCCUGGACCGCGCAGCUUGUCAGCUCUUUCCGAUGAUUGCCACUCUCUUCAGGCAUGUGCAAGCCACACUAUUUUUGGGCCUGGCGGGCGAAACGGCUCACCUCGUUGCCAGUCCUAUAGGCUAUCUGGCUUGUUUCCGGCGCGACCAGGUCCACAAUGUGGUCAUCUUAGCGCUCGCGAUUUGGCUCACACUUGACUGCCAGUUCCUCUGGACCUUUGACCUGUCUCGUGCGGACAGCAGACGCAUUCAUGACCGUCUAGUAGCAAACGCCUAUUCUUGCGGCUUCUCCACUACUUGGCCGCUCAAUUCUGUCUACAUAACAUGUAUCUGGCCAAUUGUCGACCAUCUUGGUGGUGACAUAUUGCCUUGCCUACUACCCCUCCUGAUUGGUGUUGUGAGUCUCAUACACCAGACCAAGUACCGGCGCCGUCGCACUUGGCCAGCAACAAUUGCAACUUCCUCGCAGUCGAACGGCUCUACUUUGGCUGGCCGAAGUUGGACUCCUGGCCUGGCCGGUCGUGGGCAAGACUCAUCCCCUGUUACCAGAAUUAAGGGCAAUACAGCUAACCCGGUAGAUGUUGAGGCAAUCGGCUUUGGCCCGGUAACCAGCAGACAGGUUGACGGAUGCGACAACUUUGUCUAG